GUUCCAUCCCUUCAACCUGCGCUGCUGACUGCACACAUACCCACAGUACUGACGCGGCCCUCCCGGUCAGAAAUUGCAGUGAUUUCAGGCGCAAAAAGCUCAAAAAUAACUGUGUUGAGCAGCAUAUAAGCGUUCAAUAACCACGGUGUGAUCAUCUAUUAAACGAGAGAGAGAGAGCACACGCCGUACACAGGGGUGCAGAUGUGAGGGAAUAUACCUGCAGACUACAGCUGCCACACUGAUGACAGAGCAAGAGGGAAGUCAGUUAGCCAGCUAACCACCCAGAGCUAAACUCGACUAUAAGGCAGGUAAUGAACGGUGAUCUGGACGGCUCAACAACAACGAGCAAUCCAAGCAUCUGAACGGAGCCGGCCGUCCACUACAGAGAGUAUUUCGCAGACUGCACAGCUAUGAGGAGGGUGACAUUGCGCUGUGCUGCCCGGCUCGUAUUUGCAGCUUUGUGGCUGUUGGUGGAAGUGUGUCAGGCCGAGAGCGGGGCCCCGAGUCUGGCCGAGAGAGUCAUCUGGGCUGUAAACUGCGGCGGGGACGCGCACACUGACGUGCACGGUAUUAAUUUUAAAAAAGAUCCACUGGAAGGAAAAUUGGGGAAAGCAUCAGACUAUGGUGUCCGUCUGCCAAUCCUGCGCUCCAGCCCGGAGGAUCAGAUUCUCUACCAGACGGAGCGAUACAACGAGGAUACAUUUGGUUAUGAAGUACCCAUUAGAGAAGAAGGAGACUACAUACUGGUCAUGAAAUAUGCUGAGGUUUACUUUGCUCAGUCUCAACAAAAGGUUUUUGAUGUGCGUUUAAAUGGCCAUGUUGUGGUGAAGGAUCUGGAUAUCUUUGACCGUGUGGGUCACAGCACGGCUCAUGAUGAAAUAGUGCCAUUCUCGAUAAAAAAAGGAAAACUGAGUGUGCACGGUGAAGUUUCCACUUUUAAUGGAAAACUCUCAGUAGAGUUUGUUAAGGGUUACUAUGACAACCCAAAAAUAUGUGCACUAUACGUGAUGAAGGGCAAGCUAGAGGAUGUGCCAAAACUACAGCCACAUCCUGGACUAGAAAAGAGGGAGGAAGAGGAGGAGGAAGAGGAGGAAGGGGAGGGUGUAGAAGGCGAAAAGAAGAGCCCCUCCACCUCUCCAAAGAAUCCGGUUCGCUCCGGGCCGCGCACCCCCAACCCGUACGCCGCUGACAACAGCAGCCUGAUGUUCCCUAUACUCGUGGCGUUCGGGGUCUUCAUCCCAACCCUCUUCUGCCUCUGCCGCCUUUGAGGGUUACAAGCGAACAAGAGGGAGAGAGAGGAGAAAGGACGGACAUCAGGCUGUGGAGGGGUGGGGGGAGGGGCGCACAGCCAUGGGGACAGGCAGAAAUAUAGACUGACAUCACAACCGACAGAGAGAGAGCAAAUUACGGGCGAGGGACAUGCAGAAACGAGGAGGUUUCAGAUAUUGCUGGUUUUUUAAAAAGAGGUGACCCUGAAAAUACAUGGAUUUCGAAUGCGAGUUCAUUUUGUGCGUGUGUUUGUGCUUGUGUUUGUACACAUUUAAUACCAAUUUUAGUUCGAGGAGAACCAAGAUGUACCGAUUAAACGCACAUACAAGCACAGGGCUGACCACUUUACAAACCUGGUUUGUCUGGUCUAGCAGGAGUUACCGAGGAAAAGUUGAGGACACUCCUAGAUCACGUGUCCCAACUCAUGGAAAGUUCUUGGCAACGAGCUUUUUUUCUCUGAUCAUCUGUGGUGUUGAUCUGCUAGGGUUUUUUUUUCUGUUGCUCUGUUGGGAGGCAGAAAUGGUACACAAAUUUUCAGAACCCUUUUUGACACUUUGUCAAUUAUUUGGUUAAUCUAAACCCGAGUGGCGAAUCAGAAAGCGUUUUUGUGUUCUUAGAUGAUUUGAGACCAUGGUUUCUAUUUCCCUCACAAUCAUACAAGCUUCUCUCAUUAAUUUCCUGUAGCUUCUUUCAUUGUUUGUAAGAUUUGAAAAGCAUAUCACACAUUUUCAGACCACAGCUGCACAAAGGAGAUACUAUAGAAAUGAUUUUUUUUUCCAUUUACAGAGACAUUUUGGUCUCUGAAUAACUGCAUGCGUUCGUUAUUAAAAGAGAGCAGAAUUGUUUCCCUUUCUUGGUGGAAACAUGAGUCCGUAACAGAGGGUCUUUAAUACACUGGCCUUUGGGUUCCAGAAACUAGGAUUGUAUUAUUGGAUUAAUGUGCAUUUUAUAGUGUUAUUCCUUUAAUUUCUCAUCUCUCAUUGGUACAUGAUGUGUCUGGGAUAGCAUCCUAGAAUUGGCGUCUUAAGUGACAUUUCAAGGGCUCGGUCACCUAUCACACGGUGAAACGAACGAUGGAUGCUUUACCAUGUUUGCUUUUGCCACAGUUCAUUUCCUCUUGGUUCAACCAGACAGGCCGUUUUCAACAACACCACUAAAGAUACUUGGAUUAGCGGCUCACAGGAAACCACCAGAAUGCUUGUGGCGGAAGAAUACAGAUACAUGCCUGCCUGCCACACACUGUGAAAGAGUCCUCAAGAUGGCAAAGUUCAGUGCUGUCAUAUAGCUACUUAUUUGCGUAUGUUGAGUGAACUUUUGCAUUCCAACUCGUCCAUCGCUCUCUGCAUAUUCAUAACUGGUAUAGUUUUAUCAUGUCUUGCUGCUUUAGAUUGUUUGCAUCCCUCGCUGCUUGUUCCCCCUUAUUUGGUUUUCGAAAUUCUCCUUUUUGUUUCGCUCAUGCAAGCCUGCCUUAAAAUGUGAUUUAGUGUGCUAUCAAGAGACCAACUCUCACACUGCUGAAACAUCAGACCACAAUCGAGUGCUCACGCCACUGCUGUCUGAUUGUCCUCUUGUGUGAAUUUGUAACUUAUCUUGGCCUUCACCUUCUCUGAGAGGGCAGGUUUUGCCUUGGUUUAGUGAAACAAUCAUAAAAACAUCCAGGCAACUUUUUUCAUUUAUCGGAGUUGCAGAACGUUGAUUGCUUAUCGUCGCCAAAGUCAUUUUCUUUUCUUAAAAACUUUUACACGGUGCAUGUGUAUAUAAGGUACUUGGUUCGUUGUGCCAUACGGUUAAUUUUCUCUUUUUUUUUUCAUUCAUAUAAUUACUAUUGGGGUUUCUGGGUUCUAAAAUAUCUGGUCGAGUGGAAGACUGGCCUUGAAAAAUAGUUUGGUUGUGAAUCAUGAUAAUGGUUUAAUUUGCAUCCACAUAGACGUACUGACCGAUCGUCAGAAAGAGCUUGGAUUGUAUUGAGGUUUGUUAAUUUACAGUUGGUUUUUUUGUGUUGUAUAAUUUAAACAAAAGGGGUUGAAUAUAAAAAAAUAUUGAAAGACUUUAUUUUCCAGGAAGUAGUUGAUUUUUUUUUUUUUUUUUAUUUCCUCAGGAUCUUUAUUUGUAUUUUUUUAUGAUAAGUUUUUACUAGUGUGAAUUAUUGCACUGCCUGGUGUUGUUUUAAAAUCAUUUUUUUUGUGUGUGUGUGUGUGUUUUUUUUAUUUUUGUCAAGCAUUGUGUACUUUUGAUUCCUUGUUGCCUUAAAUUUGAAUACAUCCUUGUGUGCUUUACCAUUUUUGUUCUCUGAUCUUUAUUUCUGUAGGUUGAGUUAAUGCAUGGUUGUUGAGUUUUUCAUUGUUUUGUCAUCUGAAAAACAGGUUGUUCAGUUUUUUUUUUUCUGCACAGAUGCACAACUUCAUGGACAAUAGCCAAAGACCACAUGGAGGCCUUUCAUUGUGUCCUCCUUCAUGAAGAGCUCAUGUGUAUUACUCCAUCCACAUCACACCAACUGCUGCGUUUAUGAGGCAUGUCGUUUCUGUGUUUUAUAAUGUUAGUCAUGUUAAAUUCCCUGUCCCCUCUUUAGCCUCCCUCAGAACUGAAGAGAACAUGAACUGGUGAAAUAGUAUUGGAAAAGUUACCUGCCCAAAAUGUCUUUAAAGAAGGUUUCUGAAGUGGGAACUGCAAAUUAUUGCUGUUUCUUUUUAAUAAAUGUGCUAUUUUAUCUA